AUGAGGAUGGAGGGCAGGGAGAACAUGCAGGAUGCCGUGGGGCUAAGCUGCACCUGGGACAUCCCACCACCCACUGGCACCCAUGCCAAGUGGGUGAGGCUCAAUGUGGGGGGCACAGUCUUCCUCACCACCAGGCAGACUCUGUGUCGGGAGCAGAAAUCUUUCCUGUGUCGUUUGUGCCAGGGCGAGGAGCUGCAGUCGGACCGGGAUGAGACUGGUGCAUACCUAAUAGACCGGGACCCCACUUACUUUGGACCUAUCCUGAAUUUCCUCCGUCAUGGGAAGCUGGUUCUGGAUAAAGAUAUGGCUGAAGAAGGUGUCCUAGAAGAAGCCGAGUUCUAUAACAUUGGUCCUUUAAUCCGAAUAAUCAAGGAUCGGCUGGAGGAGAAGGACUACACAGUAACUCAGGUACCUCCUAAGCAUGUCUACCGUGUGCUCCAGUGCCAGGAAGAGGAGCUCACUCAGAUGGUUUCCACUAUGUCAGAUGGAUGGCGCUUUGAGCAGCUUGUGAACAUUGGUUCAUCCUAUACCUAUGGGAAUGAGGACCAGACAGAGUUCCUGUGCGUGGUCUCCAAAGAGCUGUGCAACUCCCCCAAUGGCCUGAGCUCUGAGCCCAGCCACAAAGCCAAGAGCACAGAGGAGGACCUGGAGGAGGAAGAGCAGGAGGUGGAGGAGGAAGAGCAGGAGGUGGAGGAGGAGGCAGAGGCAGAAGCAGAAGCAGAGGAGAAAAGUGCAGCAAAUCCUUGA